CUCUAUAUACUCUGUUAUAUAUAUACUCUGUUAUAUAUAUACUCUUUGCAGACAAUAGACAGAUCGACAGGUCUUCGUUCGUUUUCGAAGUCUGAAAGCUAUCCGGUAUAGGAUAAUUCUUUUCGUCUUCAGAUAUAAACUAAAAUGGAAGAAAAUAAGACAGCGCAAGUCGGUGAAUAUCAAAAAAUGGACGAAGAAAAAAAUUCAAAAAGAAAAAACAAGAAUAAAAAAAAGCGAAGUGGUGGAGACGGCGAUAUUCGAGGUUCAGUAUCUAAUGAUGGGUUAUCUGUUCCUAACUCGGGCGACGUCCAUCAAAACAUUUCGUUUAAAGACUUGAAAACGGCAAUGGAAGUGUUGAAUUUGCAACAAAAACCGGCUAAGACUACUGAAGAGGCUUUGCAUAAAUCUUAUCAGUUUUGGUCUACCCAACCAGUACCUAAAUGGAAUGAAAAAAUUGUUACAAACGAACCGAUUGAACCACCUAAAUCUAUUGAUGAAAUUCGUUCUGAACCAUAUACUUUACCUGAUGGAUUCCAAUGGGAUACAUUAAAUUUAAAUGAACCUUUAGUUCUAAAAGAAUUGUAUACAUUGCUGAAUGAAAAUUAUGUUGAAGAUGAUGACUGUAUGUUUCGUUUUGACUAUCAAACAGAUUUUUUAAAAUGGGCCUUGCAGCCCCCAGGAUGGAGGAUGGAUUGGCAUUGUGGGGUACGUGUAGUAAAAUCAGGAAGAUUGGUUGGUUUUAUAUCUGCUAUCCCAGCAACACUUAGAAUUUAUGAUCAUGUCCAAACAGUUGUAGAAAUUAACUUCUUAUGUGUUCACAAGAAACUUCGGGCAAAACGUGUAGCUCCUGUACUAAUACGAGAAAUUACAAGAAGAGUCAAUUUGACAGGAAUAUUCCAAGGUGUUUAUACUGCUGGAAUUGUUUUGCCAAAACCAAUUGCUACAUGCCGUUAUUGGCAUAGAUCAUUGAAUCCCAAAAAGUUAAUUGACAUCAAAUUUAGUCACCUUUCAAGGAAUAUGACAAUGCAAAGAACUCUCAAGCUUUUUAAGUUACCUGAUUUACCAAAGACUACAGGUUUUCGAAAAAUGGAACCGAAAGAUUCAGAAAAGGUAGUUAAGCUUCUUAAUGACUAUUUGCAAAAAUUUGACUUAGUGCCAAUUUUCUCAGAAGAAGAGUUCAAACAUUGGUUUGUUCCACAAGUUGGAAUAAUUGAUAGCUUUGUUGUAGAAGCGUCAGAUGGUUCUGUCACAGAUUUUGUUAGUUAUUACACUCUUCCGUCCACCGUUGUAUAUCAUCCAGUUCAUAAAACUCUCAAAGCAGCUUAUUCAUUCUAUAAUGUGUCAACAAAAACCCCCUGGGUUGAUUUAAUGCUUGAUGCAUUGAUUACUGCUAAAAAUUCUGGAUUUGAUGUGUUUAAUGCUCUUGAUUUAAUGGAGAAUAAAGAAUUUUUGGAACCCCUCAAAUUUGGAAUUGGUGAUGGUAAUUUGCAAUACUAUUUAUACAAUUGGAGGUGUCCUAGCAUUGCCCCAAACAAAAUUGGAUUAGUUUUGCAAUGAUUAAGUAAUGUUUGAUGCUGCAUUCGUAACACUUUUUUUUUUUUGGUAUUUUUCACAACAUGUAGUAUUUUAUCAUUUGGAAAUAUAGCUAUGGCAUAAAAAGGAUAAAUGAAUAUAUAUUAUGCUAUUUGAA